AUGACUUCAUCGUCGACAGAUGUCGAAUUGUUAUUACGACAAUGUGAAGAUUACAUGAAUGAUAAUGAUAUUAUGAAUUUAGUCAAACAAUGUUUACAUAGUUUGUGUAUUCAUCAACCAGAGAAUCCUGUUCAUUUUUUAAAACAAUAUUUUUCUGGCGAACAGUAUGAUCAGGAUCCAUCGACGAUCGAUGGCAACCAAAUUCAAUAUCCGUUACUAGUGAAAAAACGUCGUGGAGCUGUUUCAUCGAAAUCUUCAUCGGGUAUACAUGGUGCGAUUUCAUUUGUUCGAGAAGUUGUGCAAAAAGAUUACGCUACGAUGUGUGCUCUAUCGGAAGCAAUUAAAAAGAAUAUCCUAUUCAGUCAUCUAGAUGAAAAUGAACGUGCACAAAUAUUCGACGCCAUGUUUCCAGAAAUUCAUCUCGCUGGUGACACGAUCAUUCAACAGGGUGAAAAAGGUGAAAAUUUCUACAUUAUUGAUAAAGGUGAAGUCAAUGUUUAUAUCAAUGACGAAUUAGUGACGAGUAUUGGAGAAUGUUCAAGUUUUGGUGAACUCGCUCUUAUCUAUGGUACACCGCGCGCCGCAACAGUGAAAGCCAAAACAGAUGUUAAACUUUGGUCUCUACUGGGAGAAACUUAUCGAAGGAUAUUGAUGGAUUCCACUAUCAAAAAACGGAAGAUGUACGAAGAAUUUCUCAGUAAAGUUUCAAUAUUGGAAACAUUGGACGAAUGGGAACGUUUAACUGUAGCUGACUCACUCGAACCCAUUCAGUUUGAAGAUGGCGACAUCGUGGUCAAACAGGGUGAUCCUGGUGAUGACUUUUUUAUCAUCGUUGAAGGAAAUGGUAUUGUCUAUCAAAAAACAUCAGAAUCACCUCAAGCUGUUGAGGUUGACACACUUGGUCCUGGGAAUUAUUUUGGUGAAAUAGCAUUGCUUUGCAAUCGUCCGCGUGUUGCUACAGUAGUUGCUAAGGGUACUCUAAAAUGUGUGAAAAUGGAUCGCGCGCGAUUCGAACGCGUUCUCGGUCCAAUCCAAGAUAUUUUGAAACGAAAUAUUCCACGUUAUAAUUCAGUUAUACGUCUUGAUCAGUUACGAGCAGCAGCAGCAGCAACUACCGCUACUCCAGCAAUCUCAGAUAAUAAUCCCAAUAAUGACGAAUCUUCUCAAUAA